AUCCAGACGCAGAAGCCAGCACGAGGGCAUCUCGAGUUGCAGGCCAAGGUCGAUGGAAAUCUACCCAAUCGGUGAAGCUAGUGCUCAACAGCGAGGGCCAGGUCAUUGGCUCCAAGCAAAACUUUAGCUAUAUGGAACGAACCCCCUUGGGCAAGGAGGAAAAGAGCAUCUGGUUGAUGGAAGAGUACUCCAUCCAGAACCUUAGAAGAAGAUGUGGUGAUGCAGCUAUGACGAUGGACCGAAACAAGCUGGAUGACUGGGUUGUUUGCAAGAUUUAUCUGAGGCCGAGUGCUCGCAAAGAAUUGUGUGGUACAGAACUUCCUACAAUGGAAAGCAGAGAGCUGGAGGUGCAAGAAAUAUGGUAUCAACCUUUUGUAUUACCAAUUCAGCAGAUCACUGAAGGAUUUGACCAAGAGGUGGAGUUUUGUUCUUAUAAGUCGCAUGAUAGCUCACUACAGUAUCCAUCUCCUGAUGAACUACAAGAGAAUUUUGAAUCACUGCCAGCUGAAAAGAUCCUCCAACAAUUCGCUGAUGCACCUGAUACAAACUUGGAUAUUCUGCAAUUGCCGACUCUUGAUGAGCUAGAAAAGAUUUUUGAACCACCACUGGCUGAUGAGAUUCUCCAAUAAUUCGCUGAUGCACCCAAUGAAGGCGUCGGUGUUGAGCAACAUGGCAUGAUGAGCUUUUCUCCUUAAUUGCCUGAAUAGAAGCUACAGGAAGCACACCUUGUUCUACAUAGGUUGUGAUUUUUUAUAUCAUGAAAUAUAUUUAUGACCAUUUUGUAGAUGAAAACAUUGCCUAUUUACGUUGAGUUUGUAAUCAUUUUUUCCAAGUUUUACACAGCAAGAAAUAAACAAAUUAUGCACUUCACAACAAAUAUUCAGCGGUGCAUUGAUGUGAUUUUCUAUGGUCCUUUUGAUUGUUCACUUGUAAAUUGAUUCAAUAAAUUACAGUUUCACUUUUUAGGAGAGGUUUAGUUUCCACGAAGACUCAUUCUUGAAAAAAAAAAAUCUAACCCUUCCAUGGGAACCAUCUUCCAGUAUGUUUUCUGAUGUGAACAAUAUAACAUUUGUUUGUAACCUUUGGUGAGAGUUAUUUUGUUCCAAAUAUUUUUCAAAUGCUUCUUAAUUCACCUUUCAGUUUAGUGGCAGGUAAAGCCUUAUAAAAGAUGCUCUAGUUUAUGGCACAUCUCACGAAAAAUGAAAAAGGUUUGGAUUUU